GAUGACAGAGGUGGUUAGUUGAAAUUAACACUGAAUUAACAGAGUUAACUAAAAUUAUAUAUUUGACANAUAUAUAUAUAUAUAUAUAAACAACAGGAUAGUGAUGCGCCACAAAUUAUUUGACAGAUGAUACAGUUAAUUUGGUGUAAUGAUUCGACUCGACUUUGUGUUUUGUAUUUGGACGACUUGUAAUUCGUUGGAGACGUUAAUGUUUUUCGUUUGGAUACUCGAUCGAUACUGACUGCCCUUCGAUGGGCCCUUUGUGUUUCAUGGGAGACGAUCCCCACCAUGCUCGGGUCACGCCACCAAUCACGCGUGUCAUCUUAUGAGUGUUUGAAAUAACGAAACGAAUCGACGUUUCUCGAAUCUUCUGCUUGAUGCUGGCCGCCACAUUGCAUGUGUUGAGCUACUUGAGAUGGCUCGCUUGCGACACUGCGACGCCACGAGCGACGGCCAGGAACAACGGCCUCUGGAAAUCCACGUGGCGUAACACACUGUUACUAAGAUACUCGGACAGUCAACAUCGGAUUGCUUCCACAACUCUCGAGCAAGUCUUCACCAAUUCGUCACCAAAUCUUCAACAGUGUUCGGUCGAUCCCCAGCGAGUCUUAGUCAUUCUUCAAAAAGUCAACAAGUCGAAUACAGUCAGUCGACAUCAUCAUACGCAACGAUACGAAAAGAGUCUCAGGGACAUUAAUAAAAAGAUCAACGAGCUGUUAGAAUCUUUAAGUAAACUUGAAGUAAAUGCUACGGAUGAAAUAACUCCUAGAACCAAACAGAAUUUGUUUAAAAAUGAUAUAAAAAAGAUAUUACAAUUUCAAGGCGAAAUUCAGGAUUUGCGAAAAUACAAUGACAUCGCAACGAUACCGUUGAAAAAUUAAACAAACUACAAGGAUUCCGAUAAAAUUAUUGAUCACUUUUCGAUACGAUCAAUGUCCAUUUCAACUACGCCAGGAAUAUCAGUCUUGACAUGUUUAUUUAAAUAAAUCAGUAAUAAUCACAUAUUGUUUCAAUAAUGUUAAUUACAUGUACGUUACUUAACAAGUACAAGACGGGACAACUGGAAAUAUUAUUGUAUGCACAUCAUUCUUUCUUUCCAUGUUUAAACAGUAUUGACAAAAGAAAACACGUAUUAAAAAGAUAUUUGCUAUAAAAAAGCUAUACAUACAAACAGUUAUUCGUAUCAAAUAGAAAGUAAGCUCAUAUUGAACAGAGUAAACAUGUGUAAACGUAUCAACCUACUUUAGUAGGAUAAGAAAAAAUAUACGUGAUCAAUAAAUCAAUAUUAUGUAAAAGAAAGAAGAAAAAAGAAAAAAAGGAUGGUAAAAUAUGCAGAACAUUUCUGCUUUCCAGCCUUCCCGUGAAUACAAUUCUUUUUUAAUCGUUUUUAUGUUCAAUCGUCACGAAAACACGUGGCGAGUAUAUAUAAAAAUUCUACAAAGUGAUAAUCCGAAUUAAAAUAGAUUUCAUAGUU